UCUGUACACACGAGCAAAUAACCUACAAAGACGAAAACGUGAACUAUCUUAACUUGACUGUGCAUCUUUGUCAAUAGGCGGGGCCUCGUGGUUGUAGGCUAGCUGCUGAAGCCCUGGCGGGCGACGACAGAGAGCGGCGUGGUUCAUCCUGACGCUCACUGUCACCGGCUAGGAUUGGAGAAAGUUAUUCGGAUAUACUGCCAACAUGUCUGGUGAUGAAGAAACCGAGGAGCAGACCGUCGCCGACGACUUGGUGGUAACCAAGUACAAGAUGGGAGCCGAGAUAGCUAACCAUGUCCUAAAGAUGGUGGUUGCGGCUGCCACGGCUGGUGUCUCUGUGGUCAGCCUGUGUGAAAAGGGAGAUGCGUUCAUCCUGACAGAAACUGGGAAAAUCUUCAAGAGGGAAAAAGACAUGAAGAAAGGUAUCGCCUUUCCGACUUGCGUGUCGGUUAAUAAUUGCGUGUGCCACCACUCCCCACUCAAGAGCGACCCUGAUGUCAUUCUUAAAGACGACGACUUGGUCAAAGUGGAUCUGGGUGUGCAUGUUGAUGGCUUUAUCUCCAACGUGGCUCACAGCUUUGUAGUUGGCGUUACCAAGGAUAAACCACUGACAGGCCGCAAGGCUGACGUCAUCACAGCAGCUCAUCUGUGCGCCGAGGCUGCUCUGCGUCUUGUCAAGCCAGGAAACCAGAACACACAGGUCACAGAGGCGUGGAACAAGAUUGCAAAGUCAUUCAACUGCUCACCAAUCGAAGGCCUGCUAUCCCAUCAGCUCAAACAGCACGUCAUAGAUGGAGAGAAAACUAUUAUCCAGAAUCCAACGGACCAGCAAAAGAAGGACCAUGAGAAGGCUGAGUUUGAGGUGCAUGAAGUGUAUGCAGUGGAUGUACUUGUCAGCACUGGAGAGGGCAAGGCAAAGGACGGCGGUCUAAGGACCACGGUAUACAAACGAGACCCCAACAAGGUGUACGGAUUAAAGAUGAAGACCUCCCGGAUGUUCUUCAGUGAGAUGGAGAGACGCUUUGAUAAAAUGGCAUUCACUCUGAGAGCAUUUGAGGAUGAGGUCAAGGCCAGGCUGGGUGUGGUGGAGUGUGCAAAGCAUGAUUUGAUACAGCCUUUCAAUGUUCUGCAGGAGAAAGAGGGUGAGUUUGUAGCCCAGUUCAAGUUCACUGUACUGCUCAUGGCCAACGGACCACUGCGAAUUACAAACAGUCUCCAUGAACCUGAGUUCUAUAAGUCGGAGCUCGAAGUGGAAGACCCAGAUUUAAAGGCUUUGCUUCAAAGCUCAGCCAGCCGCAAGACACAAAAGAAAAAGAAAAAGAAGGCCUCAAAGACUGUGGAGAGUGCAACAGGACAGGCUAUGGAGACUGAAGCUGCAGAAUAAAUUGCCACAUACAGCAAUUUGUGAUGCACUCCAAGAACAGACGUCAGAAACGCUUCUGUCCCAGCUGUCUGAGGCACUCGGUGCACGGCUGCUCCCAACACUUCCAAAAUCUAACAUGUCAGUCUGGGAUGAAGCUGCUACUAAAUGAUUUCACUGCAUCUAAAAAAAACUCUUGACACAUCUCAAGUAAAUAUUGUUGUUCUUGAAGCAGCUUUUGUCUCUACAACAGUGAAUACAACUCAUCGGGAGUUUUUUUUUUAUGUGUGUAUUAAUACGGUAAAUUCACACGGGUAUUAUUACCAUUUGACCCUGAACCUUCAUCCCACAGUAAAUGCAUUGAAACAAUAUUGUCAAAUAAUGGUCAGAACUGUCAGUGUUAUUGUGUGGCGCUCACAGAUGGCUUCCUUCACCUGAUGCCAAGGCAACUAUGGUACUUCAGCUUCUUGUGUGCACUGAUACGUCCAUGUAACUACUUUCACACAAGGUACAGGUUUGACACAGUAAGCAAAAUACAGAUCUUUGUUUGGUUUAUAUACUAGUACUUUGUACUGUGUAUACUGCUAGGCAUUAUAGAUACUGACAAUAUGACAAGAUAUACUGGAUGAGAAAUUCACAGAUGAGCUGUGGAAGCAACAACCUUGCAUGGGUUGUGUGCAUUUAGCCUUGUUUCUCCACCAGGUCUGAUAGUAUGUGUUUACAUAAGUCCUCAAAUGGAUCAUUUUGUAAAACAAACCAUAGUUUCAGAGACUAUUUUUGGAAUAAUUAAAAAGCUGCCUGACA